UUGAGUAGUUCGGUUAAUGAUUAUCGGAAUAGUAGUUAUUAGUUUCAUAAAAGUAGAAAAGUUCAUAUUUUUUUCUUGCUGAAACCUCAAGAUUUCAGUAGUUGCACUUAUUUGCUUUGCCCUUUAUGCUUUAUUAGUGGGGAAGAGCAGAAGCAGAUACCCCACUAAAGAAAACUACAGCUUUUUUUCCCUUUUCCUUCUGCUUCUUGUUCUUUAUUUUCCCCCUUUUGUUAUGGCGGUUUAAUGUUCUUGUCAAGAUUGCACAUUUUUGUACCCAAGUUCACUAUGAGACUAUUUUGGACACUAAUUUUAGUAGUUCUCUACAAUGGGUGUUCUUCAGAGGGGGUUAAUUCAACUCUUUCUGCAAGGCCUAAAGUUGUGAACAUUGGGUGUAUGGUGUCUUUCAAUACACUUGUUGGGAAAGUUACUAAAGUUGCUGCGGAAGCUGCCGUUGAGGAUAUAAAUUCCAAUCCAGAUGUUCUUGGAGGAACUAAACUGAAUAUGAUAACAUUGGACAGUAAUGCCAGUGGAUUUCUUGGAAUAGUUGAGGCUAUCCGUUUCAUGGAGACGGAUACUAUGGCAAUUGUUGGCCCCCAAUCUUCUGUUAUAGCUCAUGUGGUAUCAAACAUUGCGAAUGAGCUGCAGGUCCCUCUAUUAUCAUUUGCAGCCACAGAUCCCUCUCUUUCUUCGCUUCAGUACCCGUUUUUUGUUAGAACUUCACCAAGUGAUAAGUUUCAGAUGGAAGCUAUAGCUGAAAUGGUUGAGUACUAUGAAUGGAGGGAGGUGAUUGCUAUAUAUAUUGAUGAUGAUUUUGGAAGAAAUGGUAUAGCUGCAUUAGCAGAUCAGCUGGCCAAGAGGCGAUGUUCGAUCUCUUACAAAGCAGCAAUGAAACCUGGAGCAACAUUGGAUGAUGCCCGGGAUGCUUUGGUUCAGGUUGCUUUGAGAGAGUCACGAAUAAUGGUUGUUCAUACUUAUCCUACAAAGGGUCUGGAGAUAUUCUCUAUGGCACGGUAUUUGGGGAUGAUAGAUAAAGGAUAUGUGUGGAUUGCUACAAAUUGGCUCUCAACUAUCCUUGACGCUGGUAGUCCCCUUUCUUCGGAUGAAAAAGAGAACCUUGAAGGGGCUAUUACCUUGCGUAUACACACUCCAGGUUCAGAAUUGAAACAGAAGUUUGUAUCACGGUGGAGCAAUUUGACAAGGAAGGCAGGACUUACUGGAUCUUCAAGGAUGUCCACUUAUGCACUCUAUGCUUAUGACACUGUGUGGUUGCUUGCUCGUGCCAUCAAUGAAUUCUUUAACCAGGGUGGAAAAGUUUCAUUUUCUAAGGAUCCAAGGCUAACUGAACUGAAUAGUGGAAGUAUGAAUCUUGAUUCUAUGAGCAUCUUUGAUGGAGGGAAGUUAUUGCGAGACAACAUUUUUAAGGUUAAUAUGACAGGUGUAACAGGACCUUUUAGUUUCACUUCUGAAAAGGAACUCUUCCGCCCUACUUUUGAAGUCAUUAAUGUGGUUGGUACAGGUUUUAGGAAAGUUGGUUAUUGGUCUGAAUACUCUGGUUUAUCAAUUGUGCCUCCUGAAACACUGUACUCUAAGCCGCCAAAUUGUUCCUCUUCGAAUCAACAGCUACACAGUAUAAUCUGGCCUGGACAAAUAACGGAAAAACCCCGUGGAUGGGUUUUUCCAAACAAUGGGAGACAACUGAAAAUUGGAGUUCCUAACCGAGCUAGCUUUCGUGAAUUUGUUGGAAAGGUACCAGGCAUUGACUCAUUCAGAGGAUACUGUAUUGAGGUCUUCACUACUGCCAUAGACUUAUUGCCUUAUGCUGUCCCUUACAAGCUAGUUGCCUUUGGGGAUGGUCAUAACAAUCCAGAUGAUACAGAGCUAAUACGCCUAAUCACAGCAGGAGUUUAUGAUGCAGCCAUAGGUGACAUAGCGAUUACAACUAAUCGAACAAAAAUGGUUGAUUUCACUCAACCAUACAUUGAAUCUGGGUUAGUUGUAGUGGCACCAGUUAAGGAGCAGAAUUCUAAUGCUUGGGCUUUUCUCAGUCCAUUUACUCCUAAGAUGUGGUGUGUCACUGGUGUUUUUUUCUUAAUUGUGGGCACUGUAAUUUGGAUUUUGGAACACAGAUUGAAUGAUGAUUUUCGUGGACCUCCGAGUAAACAGAUUGUCACUGUUUUAUGGUUCAGCUUUUCAACUCUCUUUACUGCCCAGAGAGAAAACACUGUCAGCACCUUUGGCCGUAUUGUCCUUCUUAUAUGGCUAUUUGUGGUUUUGAUAAUAAACUCAAGCUAUACUGCCAGUCUCACCUCAAUUCUUACAGUGCAGAAACUUUCUUCCCCAAUUACCGGAAUUGAAAGUUUAGUAAAUACAAAGGAACCCAUUGGUUAUCAGUGGGGUUCAUUUGCCCGUAACUAUCUGAUUCAAGAACUUCGCAUUGAUGAAUCUAGACUUGUUCCACUUAACCUCCCUGAAGAUUAUGCUAAAGCUUUAAAAGAUGGUCCUAGCCGUGGUGGUGUUGCAGCAGUGGUAGAUGAGCGUGCUUAUAUGGAGCUUUUCCUCUCAUCGCGUUGCCAAUUCAGUAUUCUGGGUCAAGAAUUCACAAAAAAUGGAUGGGGGUUUGCUUUCCCUAGGGAUUCUCCUCUAGCAGUAGACAUGUCAACAGCAAUUUUGAAACUAUCAGAGAAUGGAGAACUUCAAAGGAUCCAUGAUAAAUGGCUUUCUGGAAUAGCUUGCACUUCACAGAAUACAAAGCUUGAAGUGGACAGGCUUCAGCUGAAAAGCUUCUCAGGUCUAUUCUUUCUAUGUGGGUUGGCAUGUUUUCUGGCUCUGCUCAUUUAUUUUGUGAUGCUAGCAUGUCAAUAUUGCCAAUACUAUCCCAAUUCUGAGGUAGCUAGUGAAAGUUCACGAUCAGGACGACUGCAGACAUUCCUUUCUUUUGCUGAUGAAAAGGAAGAGUCAGUGAGGUCUCGAUCCAAACGAAGGCAACUAGAGGUGACUUCAGUAAGAAGUAUUGAUCAAGAUGCAUCAGUAAAUGGUUCAAGAACUGACCGUUCUGAGAUAUACUCGAACAGGGUUGUAAGUUUUGGAGAAUCUGUAUAGUUCAUAAACAAAAAUCUACUACUCUUCCUCAAAUGUAAGUAUUAAGCUUGACUGCGUAUUUGUGUAGACGAUGCUGUAACUGUAUCAAAUUUUACAAAGUUCUGAUGCCAAUUGACAUAUUAUGUCAAAUAAUCGAAGAACCUUUCAACAACUAUUAC